CCAUCAAGACAACGUCCUGCGCUCACCAUAUGGUAAAGGAACUGAAACAUCGCAAUCAAGCUAUUUAGAUCCUAUUCGGAUGCCCGGUGGCUAUAUUUGCCAUGCUUGGGCUAUAGAUAUGAAAAAGCAGAAGCUUUACUGCUGCCUUCGCAGCAUAGUUGGCUGCCGCCGCCCUCGCCUUUCACCCGAACAACUUCAUGUGAAAGUCCACAUUAGCCAGGUUUACAUCCAUAUACAGACCAGACAAAGAAAAGCGUCACACCCUGUUAGUCGUGGUCGUGAAUGCUCGCUAGGUGCUGUAGCUUAUCGAGGUGGUUCUACUUCCAUUGGGCCUUGUCACAUCAACACGGCUUCCCCGUUGGAGGGAGCGCUUGAUUCCAGGCGUUCUUUCUCCUGGUACUGUGUUUCAUCGGGACGUAGGGACCAAUUGCUGCGGCAAUGUGUAGGAAGCAAGCACCAACCUAGUCAAACUACAAAUUGCUCUAGAAAACACGGAACCCGUAGCUUUACUUUAGCUGCCAUGAAUCACCGUCGGAGUUCCUCUAGCUCUUCAACAUACGGAGCUAGCGCAUCUGCAGCUGUACCGGGUGCAUCACCAUGUCGAGCAUUUAUCGCUUUAGGGAGCAAUCAAGGUGACCGCAUUGCUGCGAUCGAACAAGCCUGUCGAGAAAUGGAAGCUUGUGGCAUCAGAAUCAUACGGACUAGUAGCCUCUUCGAAACGGCACCUAUGUACGUGACAGAUCAAGAGUCAUUUUUCAACGGUGUUUGUGAGAUCGAGACUACAUUGGGUCCUACGGCCUUAUUAAACACACUUCAGUCAAUUGAGACUGGUAUGGGAAGACGCAAAAUUAUAGACAAAGGGCCUCGUAAUAUAGACCUUGAUAUCUUGUUAUACAAUAAUUUAAAAUUCUCCGACCCUCGACUGGACAUACCCCACAAACUCAUGUUGGAGCGGGAAUUUGUCUUGCGGCCUCUUUGCCAACUAAUACCUAAAGAAUGCCCUCCCCUUUCAGACAAAAAACUCUCAUAUCAAUCGUAUCUUGAGUCCCUCCCACCCUCCAAUCCCCCCCCGGUUGCCGUAACCCCGUUAUCCCCUCACCUACCACCCCUCAAUCCUUCCGACCCCACACGCACAACACACCUAAUGGCCGUCCUAAACGUAACGCCAGAUUCUUUUUCUGACGGCGGACAAAACUCCCCCGCAAACCUCGCCGCCCUCGCCGAGACUAUUCGUACCUUUAUCCGUAAUGGUGCUACCAUAAUUGAUGUGGGCGGCGAAAGCACUCGCCCAGACUCCGUCCCCGUGGCUGAACAAGAGGAACUCUCUCGAGUUAUUCCAGCCAUCCGACUUAUCCGUUCCCUACCAGAGGCCAACAAGAUCGCUAUAAGUAUCGAUACGUAUCGUGCCGCCGUCGCGGAGGCGGCAGUUAAUGCGGGAGCAGAUAUCAUCAAUGAUGUCUCUGCGGGUGCCAUGGACCCAAACAUGCCUGCUACUAUGGCGAAGCUCCAGAAGACGGUGAUGCUCAUGCACAUGCGCGGCACGCCACAGACAAUGACCAAACUUACCGAUUACAGCGCAUAUGUUCCUAGCAGCGGCACCGGUAGCGCCAGCGGCAGCGGGCUAAUCAAUGGCGUUGCCAAUGAACUCAUGGAGAGAAUUAGAGCUGUGGAGAGUGCUGGCGUGCGGCGCUGGCGGAUCAUUCUCGAUCCUGGAAUUGGCUUUGCGAAGAACCAAGCGCAGAAUCUAGAGUUGCUGGGGAACAUGCAUUGUUUGAAGGAGGGGUAUGAAGGAUUGCGCUAUUUUCCGUGGUUGGUGGGGACGAGUCGGAAGGGGUUUAUUGGACGCAUUACUGGCGUUACGAAGCCGAAUGAAAGGGUUUGGGGUACCGCGGCGGCUGUGACUGCGGCUGUUGCUGGUGGAGCGGACGUGGUGAGGGUUCAUGAUGUUGAGGAGAUGAGGCAGGUGGUGAAGAUGGCGGAUGCGAUUUAUAGACGUGGCGAUUGAAGGAGUUCAGUGGGUUCUUAAGGGGUGUUGUGUAUCACGUUUGUCCUUUUAUUGUAUUUUAUGUUCACUUUUAUUUUUAUUUUUUUGGUGCUGGUGUUCAACAAAAGUUAUGAUCGGACUUCUUUUGUAUAUUUCAACAUCAUGUAUUAUGGAUUCUACUUCAUGGACUUUUAUAUAUAUUUGGAUCGAUACGAUGAUAUGGCGGCUGUCUACCUUUUUGUGUGCUAGCAGUGCAACAGGCUAAAUUUCAAUUUUAAUGCGGAGCUCGAAUAGCGUCCAAUGGAAUUGCCCAUUAUAUCGAGCAAAACGUUUUGAACCGGUUGUUUAAGGUGUUAUUUACAGAGGCAUCAACUAGAUUUUAAGAUUG